AUGUUCGCCGAUGAUAUUAAAGUCUUCUGUGAUGUCUCCACUUCGUUCGGUACAGCUGCCCUGCAGCAAUCCCUAAUAAAUAUUGUCAACUGGUGUCAAAACAACUCCAUGGAGCUUAAUGUCCAGAAAUGUGUUGUAGCUUCUUUCAAGCGUGGUGUAGGAGCCCUUCAACAUAAUUAUAUCUUGCACGAUGAUUGUGUCCUGCGUAGGAUCGAUAUAAUAAGGGAUUUAGGUGUAAUAAUGACUCCUUCACUCAGUCCUUCGGAGCAUAUUGCACAUUGCACAUCAAGAGCUAGCUCUCUAUUGGGUUUCAUAUUUAGAUCUACAAGAAGCUUCAACUCACCUAUGCCCAUUGCAAGUCUUUUUAAGUCUUUGGUGCGCCCAAUCCUGGAGUAUGGUUCCGUUAUAUGGUCCCCUUACCAACUAAAUCACAAGGCACAGCUACAAUAUGUUCAGAACCGUUUCAUCAAGAUGCUUGGUCCAAGACUGGGGUUCAGCUACCGCACUACACCUGGCUCUGAUGUUGAGAGUCAUUUUGGCUUUCUCCCGCUACAUCUUCGUCGCCACCACGCUAAUAUUCUGUUCUUGUUCAAGCUUUUAAAUGGCCUCGUUGACUGCCCGGAACUGCUCAGCUCCAUUGAUAUUUGUGUUACAAGAGGUCUGCGCUCAAUGACAAUCUUCCGCAGACGCCUCAAUACCACCAACUAUUCUCACUUUAGCGGUAUGUCUCGUCUAAUGCGCGCAGGUGGAGUGGCUUCAACUCAUCUGGAUUUCUUCAACGAGUCUGUACUAUCGUUCAGAAGGAAAGUGAGUGCUCUGUGUGUUGUUACCUAA